AUGUCAUCAUUCGACUAUGCUCCAGAUCUGCCCAGUCGGAAAAUCGUUCACAUGUACGUUGUCCGGUAUACCUCGUCGUUUCAAAGCCUUGUCUUCCCUGUCAUUGGUGGAUCACUUUUUGCGAACACGCUGGAUCUUGCAUACGGGCCUCGUCAUGCUUUUGGUCAUGCUAGUGCCAAGGCUUGUGUUUAUUCCUUUCUCUCGUUUGUGACUUUAUUUGGUUUCGACGAUGUCGUACAUGGAGCUGCGGGUUGGAGUUCCUAUGCUUCCGCAUCCCAGAUAUUGAUACCUCACAUUAUUCAAGAGACGACUGUCGACGGUGUUCAAUCACUUCUCAUGCUUGCCCUAUUUCAAUACUUUUUAGGCCAUCUUCAGCAAGCUACAGCCUCUAUAUCGAUUGUCACCCGUCUUCUCUACAUACUUGGCGCCCACAGGCUUCCAACUGAUGAAAAUCCGGCUGUCUAUAUGUCUUCAUACAAUAAAGGCACAUUAAAGUGUCAUUUGCGGGACCUUUUCUGGCUCUGCUAUUCGUUGGACAAGGAUAUUUGUCUAAGGACAGGACAACCUCCGUGUAUCGAUGACUCGGAAUGCAAUCUUUCACUACCAGCCGAUUACGUGCAGCUACAAAACUCUAAUAUACAACAAGAAAGCAUAAUACCCGAUGAUUAUACGCAGCCUCUCUUCCCGUGGGAUCUUCGACUUUCAAUUAUAAAGUCGGAAGCGUACCGUACGCUUUACUCGGCCAAUGCACGGCUGAAAACAAACUCGGAGAUUAUUUCAGGGAUUCGUCAUCUUGAUGCAGCGCUGGAGCAGUGGAGGCUGUCUCUCCAGCCGGAUAUUCGUCCGAUUUUAUGUGUCUCUGGAGAAAUGGCAUUAAAAACAAGCCCUAACACCCAGGAAGCGAUUCUGCGACUCGCAUACUAUCACUGUGUGAUAAUAAUUCACCAAGCAAGUGGUAGGUGCAAACUAUCAAGAGCCGAGCCGGGAAAUGUAUUUGAGGGGAUUAGUUCCAGUAUCAGCCUUUCCAUUGCUGCCAGUCGGUCGUCGCUCUCUCUCAUUCAAAGUGCGCUUCCUAUGCUGAAGGGUGAAUGUUUCUGGGUUGUACUAUUUUAUGCUUUGACUGCGAUUCUGACAAUCUUCUGCGAUAUCGUCAAAGAUCCCCUUCAAAUAAGCAGCAACACUAACGUGAAACUUCUCUAUGAUGUCCCCACCUUGAUGUGCAAGAUUCCAAUUCGCUAUCUGACCCCAGUCGAAAUAAUGCACUUGAAGUUUCUUGACGGGUUUACGACGGAGCUUGCACGGCUUGGGAGAUGUGCCAUCUCCAAGGCUCAGGAAGAGUUACAUGUACCGAGAGAAGAGCCAAUUGCCGGUUAA